UGAUGACGUCAGGCGCGGGCGGAAGCGGAAGCGGCGGCGGCCGGCGAGGGGCGGCGGCGGCGGCGGGCGGCGGCGGCGCCAUGUACACCCCCGGCGGGCCGGGGCUGCCCGGCGGGCGGCGGCGGCGCGGCGCGGCGGGCGGCGGCCUGCCCAAGCAGCCCGAGCGCAGCCUGGCCUCGGCGCUGCCCGGCGCCCUCUCCAUCACGGCGCUGUGCACGGCGCUGGCCGAGCCCGCCUGGCUCCGCAUCCACGGCGGCACCUGCGCCCGCCAGGAGCUCGGCGUCGCCGACGUCCUCGGCUACGUCGACCCCGAGCUGCUCCGAGAUUACUGCAUGAACCCGCAGACGGUCUUGCUGCUCCGGGUCAUCGCCGCCUUCUGCUUCCUGGGCAUCAUCUGCAGCCUCUCGGCUUUCCUGCUGGACGUUUUUGGGCCCAAGCACCCCGCGUUAAAGAUCACUCGCCGUUACGCUUUCGCUCACAUCCUCACAGUGCUGCAGUGCGCCACCGUGAUCGGCUUCUGCUACUGGGCCUCGGAGCUGAUCCUCGCGCAGCAGCAGCAGCACAAGAAGUACCACGGCUCCCAGGUCUACGUCACCUUCGCCGUGAGCUUCUACCUGGUGGCCGGAGCCGGCGGAGCCUCCAUCCUCGCCACCGCCGCCAACCUGCUGCGCCACUAUCCCACCGAGGAAGAGGAGCAGGCCUUGGAGCUCCUGUCCGAGAUGGAGGAGAACGAACCUUACCCGGCCGAGUACGAAGUGAUCAACCAGUUCCAGCCGCCGCCGGCUUACACCCCCUGAUGCUGCCCAGGGCCGUGGGGCACGGUAAUAGCUUCCUCCCAGCCCCAAACUGUCCUCGGCCGGGGACGCGCUCCCCAGCCCGCGGGGGCCCUUCACCAGUGCUUCAUUUUCUAGGCACCUUCUUCACUGUCCUGGUUUCUUCCGCGCAAAGGAAAGAACUUGUUUUAAGAGUCGGAUGACCGGCGGUUUCUUCACACGACGCUCUCCAAAACCACCCCUCCUUCUAUUAACUUUGUAGCGUGAUUUUAACCCCCCUGCUCCCUCCGCGUUGUACCGGUUUGGGUUGCUGAAAUAACGGACCGGCGCGGUGUCGGCAGCCCCCGCGUAACCCCAGAUGCUCGUUCCCAGCUGCGUGCUCGCGAGGGUGAAAUCGCGCCCCGGUUUGCAAGGGGCGCGUUGUCCCCGGGCGGGUGGUGCUGUCGCAGCGUGGUGGUAUCCGAGAUCUCGUCCUCCGUGCAGCUGGGAGGACGGGGAAACCACGCCGGUGCGUCCGACUGUAUCGGACAGGAAUUCCCAGCCUUGCGCUGGUAUCCGCGUGACCUCGGUCCCGCCUCUGCAGAGGUGUAGACGCAAACACCUGGAGAACGGUGUAUGCCACCGCCGGGUGUGCGUGUGGGUGUAUUUACAGGUGCAACGCCCGGCGCGGUGUGCCGGCGGCAGGGAAAACGCGGCUGUACGACAGGCGACAGGCACAGCGGCCCUGUCACCGCCGCUCUAACCGCUCCCGUUUCCUGACUCGCGCUAAUCCCACGAGCAUUUUGCACUUUAUCCAUGAGGCUCGCCGCCCUCUUCCCAGGCUUCGCAGGGGCCGGCCGCUGCAGACCGUCACCGUCACAAGGCUUGCGAGGAGGAGGUGCAACACGGGCCGACUCCAAGGAAGCCGCACCGGCUCCAGCAGGGAUUCGGAGCAGCGACCUGUGCCCUCUGCGGUGGUUGGCUGCCAUCAGCAUCUCGCGAGUAAAUCUCUUUUCAGCCAAGAUUAAAACCAGACUUUUGCAUAGUGGCAACUACUGAGAAGCAGGUGGAGCCUCUGCAAGAAAACGGGCGUCUCUGACUAUAGCUUUUAUGCAAGUUCUCGUCCUCCAAGCAAAGCUGACUUGUUUUACGCUUUUUACCCCCUUUUAACCGCGCUGUUUUUCUGUCCUGCUCUUAGUUUAUUACCCCUCCUGUGACAAAGACUGUUCCUCUGCGAGCCCCGAGAGACGCUGUAGGGAUUCGGCGUGCUUGGCAGCGCCUGAGGAAAACCAGCCCUGCGCUUCCGCAACUACCGGCGCGGCCAAAAGGUAGCUGGUGGCAAAAGAGCCAAACUUGCGCUGGUUUAAAGAUCUUGUUUUCAGGAUGUUUAAAGCGCCUCGAGCAGCGAGACGGCAGCCCGAGCGCGGUGCUGCCAGCCCAGGAAGCGAAAGGGAUGAGCACCAGCUCGGCCUGGAAGGCGCAGAGGCUUAGACGAGUCAUUUUAGGACAGGAGCGCUGCUUGUUGUAGGUCUCCCGCAGUUCCCGGUGAUCCCUCCCUUCCCGACGCUUGUCUAGUUCGUGUCGCCGGCCGUUUCGGCCAGCUGGUUCCUUUUCCUCCUCCAUUUGCAGCAGCGCUGGCUAUGCAAGAGAUCAAGCCGCUCUCCGGGCCUCGGGCUGCGGAGCGAAACCGGGGAAUCUCGUUUUGGGGAGAGCACCGCUUGUGCGCCGUGCUGCCUCCAUGGAAGAGGGCUAGGACGAUCAGGAGUCUUUUCCACGGUGGUUAUAAAAGACUCGAAGCAGCGAACGCGGUGAUUCGAAGCCUUCAAGGCUUGAAACCGGCGGCGUGAUGCCGGGAGGGUUCGGCGUAGCAGGUAAUCCCAGCGCCGCUCUUCCACCGCGCGACUCCGCGCCUGCUCCCGGCCGAAGCUAAAACAUCCCGCGGUCCGUCUGCGGCCGGCCGAGCUGCUCUGAUCGUUCAGCAGCUUUUUUUCCGGCGUGGAUUCCCCGGCAGCCUCCUGGGGAAGUGCUUUGGGUUUCCCCGGCGGUGACCAUAUGCAAGAGAGGGCUUGACUGUAAAUAGUCUGUGCAUAAACAUAUUGUAUUUCUGUAAAAAAAAAAAAAAGAAAAAAACCGACAUGACUUCCCUCGCCUACUAAUCCGUGUGGCUUGAAGAUAUCGUAGGGGAGCUGGGGAAGUUGUGAAACACGCCGACUCCUCGCUGCCGCUUCUCUCCUUGCGUCACCCGCGGAGGGAGAAGGUGGAACGGGCAAAGCGCCUGCGUGCCGAAGGCGUUCGUGCCCGCGCCGCGAGCGCCGGCGACGUGCGGGUUCGCUCCGGCGCGGUCCUUUCGACGCCGUCCCUGCCAGGCGCUGUCGGCUGUGUCCUGUAAAUCUCCCCCUCCGCCUCCCGACUUUUUCUAGAGAAAAUAAAACGGAUGUAAAUA